CCCUGUAUACACAAUUAAGUGCAUUCGUUUCAAACUAUAUGACACUAGACUGGGUAUGUAUUUCUGUUUCUCUGUUAUUGUCGCGCCCUUUUUUCUUCACGGAUAACUCAACAUUUCGUUUGUAGUUGAAGUGUAGAAUUAGAAAGUCGGUCACUACAGCUAGUUCACUGAUUCUCACUCGAAUGGAAAUAUUCCGUGGCGUUUUCCUAUGUCUUGGUAUAUGGAUGGUUGAAAAUUUUACAGGUGUGUUGGGUGAGUGUAAUGGUACCACCUUAACUGUUGCCGUGCCGGACUUUGACAGGCUUAUAUUUACCUACCCCAUUAAUUCAUCGGGAAACUAUGACAGAUAUUUAAAUUGCCAGUGGUUAUUUGAAUCGACAGACACAAGCCUGGUCUUCAUAUUUCAAGUGACGGAUCUAUUGGUUCAUUGCGGAGACAUUCUUAAAGCUUAUGAUGGUACAAGUCUGUCGGCUCCGGAUCUGACUAAAUCAAUUUGUUCUAACUCUGGUUCGCCCAGUACCACGCCUCUUCACACGACGUCUUCCAAUCAAAUGCUUGUUUACUUUGAUACAGACGGUGUUUCACAUGAUAACCUGGAAAAAGGUUUUGUUUUCAAAGUAAUAUCUGCAGAACCAAUAGCUUACGAGUCUGAAGCCUGUAAUUCCAAUGUGAAAACUUUGACAUCAGCCUCAAAUGAACAGUUCUUAACAUCACCAUUCUUUCCUGAAAAAUAUCAAAGCAACAUGUCUUGCUCAUGGAACAUCACAUCGCAGCCACCAGACUCUACGAUGGUGAUUACUGUGCGUUUUCUGGACACAGACACAACGGUUGAUUCUGUAUGCAUAGAUUAUAUAACUUUGAAUGAUGGACAAAUUGAAGAAAAAUUAUGUGCCCGAGCUAGCUUUGAUCCACAGAUACGAACGAUCAACACCUCAUUUGUUCUCGUACAAUUCUAUUCUGAUGGAGAGAACGAAGGCAGGGGCUUCCUUUUGGUUUACAAUACUAUCGAACCAACAACAACAACAUCAGAACCUACAACAACAAUAGAACCUACAACAACAACAUCAGAACCUACAACAACAACAUCAGAACCUACAACAACAACAUCAGAACCUACAACAACAUCAGAACCUACAACAUCAGAACCUUCAACAACAACAUCAGAACCUACAACAACAACAUCAGAACCUACAACAUCAGAACCUUCAACAACAACAACAUCAGAACCUACAACAUCAGAACCUUCAACAACAACACCAGAACCUACAACAACAUCAGAACCUACAACAACAACAUCAGAACCUACAACAACAACAACAGAACCUACAACAACACCAGAACCUACAACAUCAGAACCUACAACAACAUCAGAACCUACAACAUCAGAACCUACAACAACAUCAGAACCUACAACAACAUCAGAACCUACAACAACAUCAGAACCUACAACAACAUCAGAACCUACAACAACAUCAGAAUCGACAACUUUUGAUAAAUCCACAUCUAGUUCAUUUCUAGCUUCCUCUUCUACAACGUCAACAACAGAAACCAACUGGUUAACUUCGAGAAGUGAAGUGACGUUUGAAGCAGUGAUAGUUUUAGCUGUGUUCUCCUUCUUGGUUUUAGCUAUAGGUAUUACUGCCACAACUGUGUUUUGUUUUUCUGGGAAACACACUGCACAAAAACAUGGUCCUUCCUUGUCUACAGAUUCCAAAUCUCCGAGCAGACACUGGAGUGACUGUUUUGAUGAAGACAAUAUUGUUUUCAAUCAGUCGUACAGAGCAUGACAAAUACUAGUAAACAAUAUUAAACACAUUAAAUAUUUUAAGCAUUUAUUUGUAGGUGUUUUCCCCAACAAUCUAUAAUUUGAGCAGGUGUGUUUAUAUUUUGUAACUGUUUUACAAUGAAGAGUACACAUCAUCCUUUGACAGAAGAUUGAUUGAAGAACAGAUAAAUAAUACAAUUUUCUUCAGAAAUCAGCAUCUUAGAUCAUAAAAUGUUUGCAUACAUUUAUUUUUAAAAUGGAUGUCAUAACGAACCUAGCUCAGCAGUCUACAAGAGAAAUACUUAGUAUACUUUUAAAAACAGAAUCAGACAAAUAAUGAUAAUGAUGGUGUAAAAUGAUGAU